CCUCGCUCACUCUGCCGCACUCUAGACAGGGUUAACAUCUCUGUCUGUGCCAGGAGCACCCAGCCGAGGAGGAGAGAGCCGGAGAGCGAGAAGUGGGAUUCUUCCUUGUCUUUUUCGGAUUCUCCUUUUCUCCCUCCCCAUCGCCGUAGAGACGGUCGCCGGGGCGAGGGUGUCCGGGAGGCAGAGGACGCAUAGCAACAGGACUUCAGGAUGAAGAAGGUCCAGAGGCAUAAUCUCCGGGAGCCCAUAAUUCCAGACCUGCUGAUGAGCCCCAGCGACCAAGGCGAUGGAGACCUGGAGAUGGAGUACCCAGAAGACCGAGGGAACUGGACCGGGAAGCUGGAUUUCCUUCUCUCCUGUAUCGGCUACUGCGUGGGGUUGGGGAAUGUGUGGAGGUUUCCGUACAGAGUUUACUCCAAUGGAGGAGGAGCUUUUCUCAUCCCUUAUUUCAUCAUGCUGGCAAUAUGUGGCAUCCCCAUCUUCUUCAUGGAGCUCUCCCUAGGCCAGUUCUCCAGCCUGGGGCCCCUGGCUAUCUGGAGAAUAAGCCCGCUCUUCAAAGGUGUCGGCAUGGGCACGAUCCUGAUUGUCUCGCUGGUGGCCAUUUACUAUAACAUGAUCAUUGCGUAUGUUCUCUUCUACCUCUUCGCGUCCCUGACAAGCAACUUGCCCUGGCAGCACUGCGGCAACUGGUGGAACACCGAGCUGUGCCUGGACCACCACGUCAUCAAGGCAGCGAAUGCUGCCACCCCCUUCAAUCUCACGAACACGGUCAGCCCUAGUGAGGAGUACUGGAGUCGUUAUGUUCUGCAUAUCCAAGGGAGCUCUGGGAUCGGGGAUCCUGGGAGAAUCCGCUGGAAUCUGUGCCUAUGCCUGUUGCUGUCCUGGGUCAUUGUGUAUCUCUGUAUCCUCAAGGGAGUCAAGUCCUCCGGCAAGGUUGUGUAUUUCACUGCCACUUUCCCGUACUUCAUCCUGAUCAUGCUGCUCAUCCGGGGCGUGACGCUGGAGGGGGCCUGGAAAGGAAUCGAGUUCUACCUCACCCCCCAGUUUGAUCACUUGCUGUCUUCCAAGGUGUGGAUAGAGGCGGCUCUGCAGAUCUUCUACUCCCUCGGGGUGGGCUUCGGGGGCCUGCUCACCUUCGCGUCGUAUAACACCUUCCACCAGAAUAUUUACAGGGACACGUUUAUAGUCACCCUGGGCAACGCCAUCACCAGCAUCCUGGCCGGAUUUGCCAUCUUCUCCGUCUUGGGCUACAUGUCAGAGGAACUGGGCGUCCCUGUUAACCAAGUGGCAAAAGCAGGUCCCGGCUUGGCUUUCGUCGUGUACCCCCAGGCCAUGACGAUGCUGCCUCUUUCUCCCUUCUGGUCUUUCCUUUUCUUCUUCAUGCUGCUGACCCUGGGCCUGGACAGCCAGUUCGCCUUCCUGGAGACCAUCGUUACUGCAGUGACAGACGAGUUUCCUUAUUACCUGCGGCCCAAGAAGGCGUUUUUCUCAGCCAUCAUCUGUAUCGCCAUGUACCUGAUGGGGCUCAUUCUCACGACAGAGGGAGGGAUGUACUGGCUAGUCCUGCUGGAUGACUACAGUGCUGGGUUUGGACUCAUGGUAGUGGUGAUUACAACCUGCCUGGUGGUGACACGUGUCUAUGGCAUAAAGAGGUUCUGCCGGGAUAUUCACAUGAUGCUGGGCUUCAAACCCGGGCUGUACUUCAAAGCCUGCUGGAUGUGCCUGUCGCCGGCAAUGAUGCUGACCCUGCUCGUGUACAAUAUAGUCAAGUACCAGCCCUCGGAGUAUGGGAGUUACCGCUUCCCGUACUGGGCCGAGGUCCUGGGCAUCCUGAUGGGGCUGUUCUCCUGCCUGAUGAUCCCCGCAGGGAUGGUGGUUGCAGUGCUCCGAGAAGAAGGGACACUGUGGGAGAGAAUCCAGCAAGCCAGCCGGCCAACCAUGGACUGGGGCCCUUCUCUGGAGGAGAACAGAACCGGCAUGUAUGUGGCUACCUUGGCUGGCAGCCAGUCCCCCAAGCCCUUGAUGGUCCAUAUGAGGAAAUACGGGGGAAUUACCAGCUUCGAGAACACGGCCAUCGAGGUGGACCGGGAGAUUGAGGAAGAAGAGGAGUCCAUGAUGUGAGGAGGCCACGAGCCCUGUGUGGAGCAGAGAAUGGGGGACUGUGCUGCACCCCUGAACUUCCAUGGUUGCACUUAGGCACUUCGGGCUGGUGAACCGGCCUCUCUAGAGGCAGCUGCGAGCUGCUGACCUUCCAUAGUCCCACGGGACGUCCCAGCCUCUCCAGGAGAACGUUGCUGAGAAUACCAGUGUUGCUGAGUUUUCCAUUUAGUGUGGCAAGCUGUGUAAUGACUCUGUGUUAGCACCCCAGUGUCUGGGACCAGGUACCUGGACCCUACCCUCACCAGGCCUCCCCUUCUCCCCCAGCCUGGGUGGUCUCCGCCCAGAGUCAUGACUUAUUGACUCCUGUGUAAAGACGGUGACAUGCACCCACGUUGCACUCCUUUUGCACAGGCCUCAGUGAGCCAGACACUGGCGAACGAGGCCAGUUGUUGUUGUUUGUUGUUGCUAACUCCUAUUUAAUCCCAACGACGCACAAACAUUGUGGAGAAAGGAGGUCUUGGUUGACCCUGCCCUGUCAGUGGAGCGCUGUGAGUUCCCGGUGCCUGUAGGUGCCACUCCUACUGAGAUCCUCCAGCAAGACCAGCGUGGCCAUUCCUGAUAAGUGAAUCUAGGGGAAAGGAAAGCUCUGGGAGCAGAGUGCAGGCCGAGGGCCCCUACUUCUCCUGCCAUUGCUCUGUUUCUUCCAUUCCUUUGCAAUGCUGUGGCCUCGGCCAUCUCAGCCCUGGAGCGAAGGAUGCGCCAGACCCGCCAUGGUUUGGUUCGCUUGUGCUGAGCUGACUGCCCUGUGAAUUAUGAAUGAGGAGACGUUGGAAGUGUUACUAAAAUAACUCCGCAGAAAGGAAUGGAAAAAACCUCUCUGCACGGGCGCUCAGCAAGAUCCCGCUUGCUGGGCACGGAACCCCCCUACUCCCCGCCCCGCUGAGGGGCUGCCUGCAACGUCCUUUCCAGUCAAGGACAGAAAUCCAGCCCCACAGAAAUGCGGAGACAGAAAUCUCCGGUACCAGAGUCCACUUGAGGUGGGCACCGAACAUCUUCCCUUAGCUCCCUGGUAGUCCCUGCUCUCAAAGUGUGAGGUGGGAGGGGGCUGGAGGGUGCUCUCCCCUUAUUUCACACGGCAAUAGGAAAGUCCCAGACUGGCAGUAUAACUCCAGGGGUGCCCUGAUUGCCCCCUGGGCAAUCCUCUCCCUAUCUGCUCUGUUGCAAUUCCUCCACACGCAGCUCUCCACACCUUCCUCCACCAGCAAUCGGCGGGUCUGUCACCACCGCAGGGACAUCUGCACAGCACCCAGUAAAAACACUCGGUGGCAGCUAGGCUGAGCGCUCCACCUGCAGAGUGGGGCUUGCAGGGCUCGUGCUGAGGAGAGCAGACUCGCCGUGUACACAUUCAGGCUCCGCUGAAACCCGCCCAGGCUGGGAGACCUUCCCCUGUCGCCAGGCCUCAGCGCGUAGCCACGGCCUCAGUGUUGGAGGCCAGAGAGUCCUGGCAGCAGCAUGGCUCUGUGGCCUGAGCUUUCCAAGCCGGUGGGGUCUGGCCGCUGGCAUGGGUGCAUCUGUGCAUCCGCAGCCCAUGUCCUGCAGGUGCUGUGGUGUACGGAGGGGGCCGGGCACCCUCCUUCUUAAGGAGCAGCCGUUCAGACCCUCGGCGGCCUCCCGGGUGGUGUGUUGUGUGUGGUGACGUGUGUUCUCGAGUGCGCCCGUGUCCUUGGUGUAACGUUGAAAACAAAGU